AUGGAGGACUACCGCGCGGCUUCGCUCUUUCAACCGUCCAACCUGGCCAAGGCCCUGGAGGACACUAUGGACCCGUCGUCCGGGAGACCUACGCAUUUAAUGGGCACCUUUGUCUCUGUUCCUCACACCAUCUCAGCUCGCACACUGGCAGUCCUAGGGUACGACUGUGUUUUGAUCGACGCACAGCAUACACCGAUUGAAGCCGAGAACCUCGUUCGCCUGAUCCAAACCGUCAGCCUCUCUAGUCAGGGAAGGACCGUCCCGGUCUGUCGAGUGCCAUCUGCGCAAUCGGAUCUCCUGACUUAUGCCCUUGACGCGGGAGCCGGCGGCAUAAUCUUCCCACACAUUGAUACACCCGAGCAAGCCGCCGAAGCCGUCAGCAAGUGUCGGUAUGCCUACUCAGACGGUGACCGGUCCCUGGCUCCAGCAGUGCUAGUCCCUGGAGUUACAGAUGUGGCGCCACCGGGGUCCUCCCACGAGCGUGUAGCGGACAAGAACAUCGCAGUGAUAAUUCAGAUCGAGAGUCCGCUUGCCCUUGCCAAUGCGGACGCCAUAGCUGCAGUCCCUGGUGUCAACGCCCUAAUGCUAGGAGCUGGCGAUCUUCGGGUUGCCAUGCGCUGUCCUCCGCGCCAGGUGGGCGACCCCGAAGACCCAAAGAUAUUGGAUGCAAUAGAGCGGUUGGUGAAUGUGUCGAGACGGCAUCAGAAGCCUUUGGCUGUGGUCACAUUCAAGUUGUCUGAGAAAGCAAAAAUUUGGCUCAAGGACUUUCAGCUGUUGGUGAUAUCAUCGGAUUACUCGAGCCUGGUGAAGGGGCAUAAGGACGAUUUAGCUCGUAUGAGGCAGACACUGGCUGAGGUGCAGGGGUUAAAAAACUGA